AUGUCAUCACCCGCGUCUCCAGAUUCCAAUCCCAAGAAUCCUAUCGCUGUCCUACAGAAAGAAAUCGAAGCUGGAGAAUGGGAUGGAUGCUUUGAGUUGAUCGGUCCACCGGGCAUCGUAACGGGUGAAAGAAAAGCAAUAAUUGAAAAAGGGAAGAGCAAGAUAAAUAUUGAUAAGGAUGUGAUGAGUGUAUGGGAAGAGUACAAGAGAAAGGGGGAAAAUGGAGAGUUCUAA